AUUCAAUCUGCUUCCAAGAUUGUCCGAACUCAAGCACGGUUAUUUGGUGUCCAUGUUACUACUCACAUAACACAAGCACCUUUAUCCAAAGUCACGUUGACGCGUGGACAACAUGGCACCCCACGUCUCCAGCAUCCUGGCCUCGCUCUUAACCUCGCCGUUGCUCCUUCUGGCAUCGCUGUUUGGCGCCCUGCUCCUCUACAUAUCUGCCGUCAUCCUCUACAGAUUGACUCUGCACCCACUCGCCAAGUACCCCGGCCCACCCCUCGCAAAGAUAACAGACAUAUACCUCGCCUACUACGCCUACAAAGGAUCCCGUCAUCUCGCCUUCCACAAUGCACAUGUCCAAUACGGUCCCUACGUCCGCCUCGGACCCAAUCUCCUCUCCGUCAACACGGCCACAGCACUGAAGACCAUCUACGGAUUCCGCGCCAAUGUCCGCAAGGGGGAUUUUUACAAGGCCUUUCCCAGCACACCAAAGGCUGUCAGUGUGCACUCUUCCAUCGACAAGCUGCAGCAUGCACGAAAGAGGCGCGUCAUGAGCCAUGCAUUCAGCGAUGCCGCCAUCAAGAGUUUGGAAAAGUACAUACUCGCUAACGUGAGGGUGGGCUGUGAACUACUGGGGCGGACGGCUGAGCAGCAAUCUUCUGAGACAGGAACCUCCGACGAGAAGGCGUGGAACGGCGUGUGGAACGCGGCCCAUUGGUGCGAAUGGCUCGUCUUCGACAUCAUGGGUGAUCUCGUAUUUGGCAAGGCGUUCGGCAUGUUGGAGAGUCCUGUGAAUCGGUUUGCGACAGAUCUGGUCGGCAACGCGGCGCAUCGUCAUCUGAUUUGCGGCACCCAUCUCACAAUCCACAACUGGCACCUCGACAAACUCCUAUUCCGCAAAAUUGCCGGUCAACGUGCGCAAUACAUGCAGUACAGCAAAGGGCAAGCCAUGGAACGGACGAAACUUGGCCUUGACGUCGACCGCAAAGAUUUCUUCUACUACCUGCUCAAUGCAAAAGAUUCUGAGACCGGCAAGGGCUUCACUAUGGACGAGCUAUGGGGCGAGUCCAACCUGCUGAUCAUUGCUGGCUCCGACACUACCUCAACGGCCAUGUCUGGAACCUUUUUUUACUUGGCACACAACCCAACUGCGUUGCGAAGACUUUGCGAUGAGAUCCGCAACACCUUCUCAGAUGUGGAGGAAAUCGUGACUGGACCUAGACUCAGUGGUUGCGCAUUCCUGCGCGCUUGUAUUGACGAGACAAUGCGCAUGACGCCUCCCGUGGCUGGUGUACUGCCUCGCCAAAUCCUCGCAGGUGGUAUGGACGUUGAUGGCCGUCAUUUCCCAGCCGGCGUCGAGCUCGGUGUUCCAAUCUAUGCCAUUCACCACAAUCCCGACUACUUCCCUCGUCCUUUCGACUACCUCCCCGAACGCUGGCUGGCCGAUCCUUCCGUCAAUCCUCUGCACGAUAGACUUGCGCAUGCGCAGUCAGCAUACAACCCUUUUAGCAUUGGACCCAGAGGCUGUAUUGGUAAGGGACUGGCGUAUGUGGAGUUGACAGUAACGAUUGCACGUGUGAUGUUCUUGUACGAUCUUAGAAUCGCACCGGGUACAUCGCUGGGCGGCGGCAGCCAGGACUUAGAGAUUGGCAGGACAAGGACGACCGAGUACCAGAUCAAAGAUGUGUUUGCUAGCAAGAAGGACGGGCCAAUGCUACAAUUCCGGGCGAAGGCUUAGAAUAGACUUCUGAUGAUAUGUACUCAAGACCUACUCGUCGUAUGAAUUCUCUUCCCU